UGUUGAUACGGAAACACAAUUUGCAGCAAGUGGUUAGGAAUUAAAUGUGUAUAAAAAUGAUUUUUUAUACAAAUUUAUAAAAAUUGUAUUAUUUGAUAUAGGCAAAUAAAUAUAAUAAUUUGCAAGUAAAUUUUUUUUUAGUGACUUAUCAAAAUAUAAUAAAUAUUUUAAAUUUGUUAUUGAAUAAAUUCCGUUAGUCAUGAAUUUUACCAUGCAUAUUAUUGGUUUGAUUUUGUUUGCUGGAAUCGUUUCAUCAUCUCCGAAAGGACAAAUAUCUAUUAAACAAACAACUACAGUGGUCGGCUUCUUGCCGUCUGAAUUUCAGUCCUCGACAGAGAUCAAGUUAACGACCAUUUUGGAAACUUCAACCCUAAAGGAUGAAAACAAUUAUGAAGAUUGUAUAUGUACACCUUUUCAUAAGUGCAAAACCUAUGAAGCAUCUCCUGAUGGCAACGAACUUAUUGAUAUAAGGAUAAACGUAGCUCCGUGCCAAAGUUAUUUGGACGUUUGUUGUAAUGAUACAAAAAUUACUUCGACAGAAAAGUAUAAUCCAAGUAGUCCAGAUACUACAGACAGUAACUGCGGUUGUGUUAGCCCCGAAGAUUAUAGUAAAGAGCCAGAUAUUGACCAUAAAGAUAUUACUAAAAAUCCAUCUGACGGCCAUAAUGAAGAAUAUACCAAGAGGCCAUCUGAUGGAUUUAAAGGAGAUUAUACUAAAGACCCACAUGUUAGCCAUAAUGAAGAAUAUCCUAAGAAACCAUCCGAUGGCCCAAAAGAUGAAUAUACUGAGAAGCCAUACGACGUUCAUAAAGGAGAUUAUACUAAAGACCAACAUAUUGGCCAUAAUGAAGAAUAUACUAAGAAGCCAUCUGGUGGCCCAAAAGAAGAAUUUACUGAGAAGCCAUAUGGUGUUCAUAAAGGAGAUUAUACUAAAGAACCACAUGUUAGCAAUAAUGAAGAAUAUACUAAGAAGCCAUCUGAUGGCCCAAAAGACGAAUAUACUGAGAAGCCAUAUGGUGUUCAUAAAGGAGAUUAUACUAAAGAACCACAUGUUAGCAAUAAUGAAGAAUAUACUAAGAAGCCAUCUGAUGGCCCAAAAGACGAAUAUACUGAGAAGCCAUAUGGCGUUCAUAAAGGAGAUUAUACUAAAGAACCACAUGUUAGCAAUAAUGAAGAAUAUACUAAGAAGCCAUCUGAUGGCCCAAAAGACGAAUAUACUGAGAAGCCAUAUGACGUUCAUAAAGGAGAUUAUACCAAAGAACCACAUGUUAGCAAUAAUGAAGAAUAUACUAAGAAGCCAUCUGAUGGCCCAAAAGACGAAUAUACUGAGAAGCCAUAUGACGUUCAUAAAGGAGAUUAUACCAAAGAACCACAUGUUAGCAAUAAUGAAGAAUAUACUAAGAAGCCAUCUGAUGGCCCAAAAGACGAAUAUACUGAGAAGCCAUAUGACGUUAAUAAAGGAGAUUAUACCAAAGAACCACAUGUUAGCAAUAAUGAAGAAUAUACUAAGAAGCCAUCUGAUGGCCCAAAAAACGAAUAUACUGAGAAGCCAUAUGACGUUAAUAAAGGAGAUUAUACCAAAGAACCACAUGUUAGCAAUAAUGAAGAAUAUACCAAGAAGCCAUAUGAUGGCCCAAAAGAUGAAUAUACUAAGAAGCCGUAUGACGGCCAAUCGGGGUAUCUUACUAAAGAACCAGAUAAUUCGUACGACGUAACGGAAAAAUUGAUUACUCAUGAACAUAUUAGUACGAAAGAACCCGUCAAAACCUCUUAUGAUCAUCAAGAACAGCAUAAAUGUGGUGUUUGGAAUAAAUAUGGAGUUGGUUUCAGAAUUGGAAACGCAAUGGAUAGUGAAUCUCAAUUUGGCGAAUUUCCCUCAAUGGUGGCUAUAUUCAAAGAAGAAUUAUCGAAAGACGGUGAAAAAAAACUUGUGUUGCAAUGCGGGGGUUCAUUGAUCAAAAAAGAUGUCAUCUUAACAGCAGCUCAUUGUGUGAUUAAGAGAGAAAUCUCAACUUUGGUUGUUCGUGCAGGUGAAUGGGACCUAAAAACAGAAAAAGAAAUACUUAACCACCAAGAUCGUAGAGUAACAAAAGUGGUUACUCAUCCUGAUUAUUACUCAGGAGGACUUUAUAAUGAUAUCGCUUUAAUUUUCACCGAACAUUCGUUUUCUUUACAAGAUAACAUCCAACUCAUAUGCUUACCUUCAAAAGAUGAUAUUAUUAUAAAAGAUACGUGUUACUCGAGUGGUUGGGGUAAAACUGUAUCUUACAAUAACUAUACAAUUGUUAAGAAAACUGAAUCGGGAAAAACUAAAGUAACUGGUCAAUACCAAGUCAGUAUAUUGAAAAAGGUUGAACUCCCAAUCGUUCCAGUGGAUAAAUGCAUGGCCGCUCUGAGGGCCACAAGACUUGGACCAAAAUUUGUUUUGCACGAUAGUUUCAUAUGUGCCGGUGGUAUAGAAGGGAGAGACACGUGUAAAGGCGAUGGCGGCAGUCCAUUAUGGUGCCCAUACAAAGAUGAGCCAGAUCGUUUAGUUCAAGUUGGUAUCGUGGCUUGGGGUAUCGGUUGCGGUUUGGCAGAUGUACCCGCGGCCUAUGUUAACGUCGCCGGUUUUAUGCAUUGGAUUAAUAACGAAAUAGAAAAUAGAGGAUAUUGAACAUUUCUGUUUGCAGAUAGUGUGUAUGCAUUUUAUUAACAUUACUAAUAAUAUUAGUAUUAUGUUGAAACGCAAUUUUCUAUGGAAAUAGUUAUUUGUUUAUAUCAGAUCUAUUUAGAUUUUAUACAUUCAUUAUUGAUAGUUUAGCUAUCAUAACAAUAAUAACUUUAAAUUAGUGAUACCAUCAUUACUAUGCAACUAUAAUUGGUUUUGUUUGGAAUACAUUAUUUUUGACAUUUUUAGUAGGUAACUAUAUUUAUAAUUUUAUUUUCAAGAUUGUAAUCUUUAUGUUAUAAUUACAAUUUUAAUUUUUAAAUGUUGAAUUAUUACACAGCAUACUUAUGCAAAAUAUAUUUUAUUAUUAAAUGCUUGUUUAUAUAAUUAAUAUUAUUUAGCAUAAUAUAAUAUAGUUGUUAAUUUUUGUUUUUUUAUAAUAUUCGAUUUAAUAUUAUACAAUCUAUAUUUAUUAAAUUAUCUUUAUUCUCAAAUAUUACAAUCGACGGCCAAUCAUGCAAUAAUUUUGAUUCAAGAGCUAAAUAAAUAUAUAAUUCAUUACUCACUUUCAUGUAUUUACUAGGAAAUACUAAACAGAUACAUGAAUUUGAUGUGAGUGUUGUAUACAAUAUUGAAUUUUCCUGUAACAUAUGUGGCAUAUCAUAAUUAGAUUACCGUAACCAGGAUCAUGGCAAUGAUGGAUUUUAAUUAGAUUGAAGAAAAGAGUACAUAUUUAUCAUAUUAUUUGUUUAAACGUUUAAGUUUAUUAUAAAAAAGUCUUAUUCUCAAAAGAUAUAAUUUAUAAUGAGGACAAGUUUUUCCAUUUUAGACAGCUGAAGUCCAUAGUACCUACCCAGAUUAAAUAACAUUUAUAAAUUUAUCAGUUUAAUAUUCAAUUCUUAUUAUAAUAUAAUAUAAUAUUUUCUAGUUUUAGUUUGCACAAAUUGUUUAUACCUACAAUAACGUAUUUAUUAAUACAAAUUUCCAAAAUUAAACCUGGCAAGUCGCUCAGCUGUAUAUUUAUAUAUAAUUCACUGUAACAGAUGUGUUAAAAGAACUGAAUUUCAUGAUAAAUCAUCGCAUUUAAACACAAUAUGAUUAAAAUAGGAUACCUAUAUUUCUAAGGAUGUUCAAUUAUAUAUUUAUAUUGCUAAUGGUAAAUCGUUUUUAUUUCAGUACAUAAUACGAUAAGUUUAACUACUUUUUCUAAAAACAAAUCAAAUUUAUAAAUUAGUUAUAUAAUGCAAAUUAUAAUAAUAUUUCAUAUUAUAAUAAAACUACGUGCUAAUAAAAUACAUACGUAUCUACAUCACAUUACGCUGUUUUAUAUUUAACACAAAAAACUCAUCAAAAUUAAACAUCCAAUUUUUACCUGGGAGGUGGGUAAUGGUCCACUUUUGCUGGUCACCCCUAAAUAUUAUAAUACAACUUGAUAUAGGUAUACUUAAUUAUUUUAAAUUGCAUACUUUUCAUAAUAAAUCAAAAAUAAAUAAUUUGUUUAUUAUUA